AUGCAACGUAGUCAAGCUGCAUUGCACUGCUCGUGUAGACCUGAGCAGCCCAUCUUUUCCUGUUUCAAAGAUUGCAUCUCGUUGGGUAGAGCUCACUUCCGUUCCAGCUUUGUGAAUAGCAAUGGCAUCAGAAAUGAUGAUAAAUAUGAUGACGAUGUUUCCGCAGCCAACAGUGACAAAAGCGCACACAUCACAUUUGCAACAGACCCAGGGUUGCCAGUGUUGUGGCUGUUAACAUUAUGUGGCCUCUAUCACCAGUGUAGGCCCAAGGACUUUGCUUUGCCACGCUCAACAAAUGCAGCACCAAGCAAUCAAGUCAGCCAGGCACCAGUGCGGUGA